AUGGCCGUCUACAAAUUGGUGCUAAUUCGCCACGGCGAAAGCAACUGGAACCAGGAAAAUCGCUUCUGUGGCUGGUUUGAUGCCGAUUUGAGCGAGACUGGGGAGAAGGAGGCGAGGAGGGGUGGACAGGCCCUCAAAGACGCCAACUUUGAGUUUGACAUCUGCUACACGUCAGUGCUGAAGCGGGCCAUCCGGACGCUGUGGCUGGUCUUGGACGCUAUCGACCAAAUGUGGCUGCCCGUGCAUCGCACUUGGCGCCUCAACGAGCGCCACUACGGCGGCCUGACGGGCCUCAACAAGGCCGAGACGGCCGCCAAGCACGGUGAGGCGCAGGUCAAGAUCUGGAGGCGCUCCUUCGACGUGCCGCCUCCACCCAUGGGCCCCGAGCACGACUUUGAUGCCGUCAUCAGCAAGGAUCGGCGCUACGCGGACCUGACCGAGGAUCAGCUUCCCACCUGCGAGAGCCUCAAGGACACCAUCGCUCGGGCGCUUCCCUUCUGGAACGACGAGAUCGCCCCGCAAAUUAAACGGGGCAAGAGAGUGCUCAUUGCUGCGCACGGAAACAGCCUGAGGGGCAUCGUCAAGCAUCUGGAGGGAAUGUCUGACGCGGCCAUUAUGGAACUCAACUUGCCCACCGGCAUUCCCAUCCUGUACGAGCUCGACAAGAACCUGAAGCCCGUCAAGCCCAUGCAGUUCCUGGGAGACGAGGAGACCGUGCGCAAAGCCAUGGAGGCCGUAGCCGCUCAAGGCAAGGCUAAGAAGUAA